CCCAGCAUCUCUGUCCCCCAGCGCAUUGCUGUGGCUGGGACCAUCGUCUCCCUCCCAUGUCACGUGGGGGGUUUCUACCCCAAGGAUGUGGAUGUCGCAUGGCUGCGAGAUGGGCGGGUCCUGAACAACACCACCCCUUCUGUCCCGCAAAGAAACCCCGAUGGGACCUUCAGCUUCACCCUGACCUACACUUUCACUUCUGCCAGGAGCGAUGCUGGCAGCAUCUUCUCCUGCCACGUCCAGCACCUGGCUCUGGAGCAGCCCCUGCGAGAGGAGUUCCCCUUGGAAGUUGCAGAUUCAUAAAGGAAAAUCUAGCCUGCUGGAGUGCCUUGUCAGUGCCUCCAGUACUUCACUGGCAGUUAUUUCUACCCCUGAAUUACUGCACCUGAGAUAAGGCUGUAGCUAGAGUGCAAGAGGCAGGCACAGAUCGCACUGGCACCAUCAUCGGAGUCUCCCUGGGGAUCGCGGUGGCAGUGGCAGCUGCUGCAAUGGCCAUUUACUGCUGGAGCAGGAAAGCCCCCUACUCGGUCUCCGAGGUGCAGGGGCCAGCGCAGUACGUGCUGGGGCAGGAGGUGACACUGCGCUGCGUCAUGGAGGGGACGUUUCCUGAGGACAUGGCUGUGACAUGGAAACUGCUGCACGGGGAGGUCGGGAUGGGGGUCGGGGAGGAUGGAGCUGGGGCUGGCCCAGAGCACCAGCCGCUGUUGCACCCUCUCCCUGAGCACUGGAAAACAACACGGGAGAGAUCCAGGACCUGCCUCGUGGCCUCGCUGAUCUUCACCCCCACAAAGCAGGACGACAGGGUGCGCAUCAGGUGUGUCUUCCAGCACGAGGCCAGACAGAUCCGGGAGCAGCGCGAGUCCCAGGAGAUACGGGUGUGUGCCCGGCCAAGGCUGUCCAAGAUCCGGGUGCUGCCGGACUGGGACCCCCCAGAGGAGGUGCCAUUCAGUGUCCAGAUCCAGAACUUCUACCCCCGUGACAUCCACCGCGUGGAGUGGAGCUGCGACGGGAAAGUCUGGGAGAGGUCUGCACUGAGUGAGGUCGAGGACAACGUGGACGGUACCUUCACAGCGACGAGCCUCUGGAGAGUGCCCAGCCGGUGCCUGACGCAGCCGGAGCCCCGAGUCCGAGUGUCCGUACAGCACAGUCCUGCGGACACCCCUGUUGAGGGAGAGCUCAGCCUGAAGGAUGCCGGUCUCCUGCGGCCCCCAGAGCUGUCACAAAUCUCCGUGUUGCAUUCAUGGUGGACCUUUGGUGGGCGUAAAGUCACCAUGAGCUGCCUCAUCACGGGUUAUUUCCCGGGGGAGCUGAGCUUGACCUGGCUCAGGAGGGGUGUUAGAGGUGCUGGCGCCGUGGCCCUGCAGGACUCAUCUGAAUACAGCAUCGACCCUGGUGUAGCCGUUCUAGCACGGGACGGGAAGAGGUUCCAGCGGGAGACGAGACUCCACUUCACGCCCUCCCUACUCGGUGACAUGGGUGCAGAGUACAUCUGCCAGGUGGGACAUGUUGCCCUGGAGACCCCCAUCGAGAGUCGUUGCACGUGCAGUCUGACAGGCGGCUACCAAGCACAGAAUCCAGCCCAGAGCUCCCCCCAGCUCCCCGCAGAAGAUGAGACUCCUCUUCCGCAUCAUGGGGCAAAUGACAUCCAUGUGGAGGGUACACCUCUCCCUAAAGACCCUCCUAGCAGCACAGAACAAGGAUCUGCAAUGACAGCCCAGCCUUCUUGAUGUCACAUGCAGCAGACCACUGAAAGCCUGGGAUAUGACAGCAUGGAUCACACUUCCCAUCGGGGCUGAGGAAGAAGAGGAAGAAGAUGCAGUUCACAAGAUGACGGCAAGCAAUGAAUGACCAUUUUUCCCCUUGAUAAAGUCUUUUGUCCCAAGGCAGCCAUGAAAUACAUCCCCCCCACACCCUCACACUCUGAUCACUUCUCUAAGGACAGAGCCACAGCUCUAAGUAUGGAGGAGAACAAAUUUAUUCUUUGCUCUUUCUGGGUACUCUAUUUGGCUUCUGUACCAGGCAGCUGCAGUGUAUAUCUCGUCCUGUACGUAAGUGGAAUAAAACCCAUCUUACUGAUGCCUAAAACCUAUCUAGUAGCAUGAUAGGAAGGUGCAGCCCAUGAUCUGAUCCUUUUGCUCCUAGUUUUGUCCUUGUCUUUGAGUGUCACAAGGGCCCAGACGGUCCCAGCAGGAGGGGAAAAGAUGCACCGGUGAGACAUGGAGACCACUCACAGGCUUGGCCCUUCUACCUGGCUCUGAGCCUGCCCAAAGGGCCCCAUUGCAACAAGGGCACCUGAGAUCAUCUGCAGGUGGAAACCCCCUGGCAGGGUCUAGGUAAUUAACAGCACGCAGCAGGUCUCUUAGAUGAGGUCAAUUGCUUUGCUUGUAAUGCAUUAUCUUUAACUCGCCCAGGUUUUGGAGCAUCAGUCAAUACCUGCAGCAUUCAAGAGCGAGUUUGCACAGCAAAGACUGCUGAAGUGAUGCUCUCCAGAGGGAAUGGGUCUGUGUUACCGGGUGGGGUGUCAGCCACUGUGAGAACAGGCCGAGGGUGUUAUACUGGGGAGAGAGCACAGAGCCGGGAGAGAGGAAGGGACCUGUAGAGGUCAUGUCUCACGUGGCCCUGGGCUGCGGCAGGAUCAGCCCUGUGCAAACCAGCCCAGGCACGUCUAUCAUCUAAGCUCCAAGUAACACAGCACUGUCACCAUACCCCAUCAUGGGAGACCAACACCUGUGUCUUGCUGUUGUUUUUAGCUUGAGAAAUCAGCCCCUAACCCUAACCCUACCCCAGCCCCUGCUGCCUCCGCCAGAGAAAGCAAACCCACCCCAGGACAUCCCCAGUGACCUCAGAGCAA